AUCAGCUUCAGACCACUUUGACGCAGCUGUUGGGGACGGUACCUAUUGGCUGACUUUGUGCCCUGACCACACGGAGCGACCAAUCCAAAGCCAGCCUAGGUUCACGACCCCUAUACAUUUCUCCCGAGGCUUCGAUGCGAAUCUGUUCCAUGAAACCAUUUUACGGGUUAGCCUGCCAUCUUGUGCUCAUUAAUGCCAAACGCUUUGGUGAUGGAUGUUGCCCCGGAGCGGCUCAUACGAGACAUGUUGUUUGUAUUCUUUUUCUGCAGAGAACAUAAUUAUAUUUUACAGCGUGAACAUGAAGAGAAUGUAUAGGCGUUGUUUAUUUUUAAAAUUAGAUACAGUUUGGUACUAUAUCUGUAAAAUAUGUAGGCUGUAUGAUUCAUUACAUGAUUCAUAUGUAUAUCAUUAUGUUUGUACUUAGUGUCAUAUGGAGCAUAUUUCAGCAUAUUUUUCUUAUGCGUCCUUGAUGGUGAUCUUAUUUAAUAAUUUAUCCAAUGCGUUCAUUUAGCAUUUUUGCAUAACCUGAAAUGACAAAAUCUGAUCUAAAACAUUGUACAGUGACCUGAAAAUCAAAGCAAACUUGUGGAUAAUUCGUGACCAUAUUAUAUAAUGUGCGUCACAUUUUCUCUCAACCAUAUGUUCAUGUCUGUUGUUCUACCCAGCGCCUCAAGCCAUGAAACCAAACAGUUAUGAUUAAGUUAUACACAAAGCAGAGGAUCUCUUCAAAAAGUCCCCUGGAUCUGAGUAGGCAAAGAGUGACUGUCCCUCUCCUUUCUGCUGGUGCUUUGAGACAUCAGAUACGGAACAUCAACCUCCACCAUCUGAUUCUCAGCACCAAACAGAAGAGUGUGGCACUGAUACGCCUGAAGUUGUGAGCGAGAAGCUACAACGUGAUGGAGGUUGAGAAUAAAGAAGGAACCGAGAGCCCUCUGCCCAACGGCAGCACCCAUCCACCCAAACGUGGACGAGGCAGACCACGAGGGUCACUCAAUAAGAAGGUCACUGCCAAGAAACACAGUGCCAGGCCAUCAAACAAGAUGAACAACUUUUCACCUGACAAAGACGCACAGACCAAUGUGAAGAAACGUGGUCGACCAAAAAAGAUAAAACUGCCUGGUAGGCCAAGAAAGAUCCCGCUCACGCCUGAGGAAGAAUCAGAGAGACUUCACAGGUUGAGUUUACAGCGCAAGCGGAGACUGUCAAAGCCGCUCGGAAGACCACGCAUUCAUCCCAUCGCCAAAAGUCCCAAGGUAAAAAGAGGUAGAGGAAGACCACGCAAGUACGGCGCCAAAUCCGGUUCGCAAAGUGGCAGAGCCAAACAAGCUGGCGUCGAAAUCAGCCUUGAUGCCGCCAGCGGCCCUCCACGAAAGAGAGGGAGGCCAGCGGGCUCGUUGAAGAAAAAGAGGGGUCGUCCUGCAGGUUCUACCAAGGUUGCAAGCGGAGACAGUCAAAGCCCCUUGGAAAACCAAGCAUAAAUCCCAUCAUCGAAGGUCCCAAGGUAAAAAGGGCAAGAGGAAGACCGCACAAGUAUGGCGCUAAAUCUAGUUCGUAAAGUGGCAGAGACGAACUAGCUAGCGUCAAAAUCAGCCGUGAUGUCGCCAAUGGUCCUCCACGAAAGAGAGGGAGGCCUCAAUGUCUUGUUUUAAUGGAUAAGGUAGAGAAAAUCUACAAUUGCAAAUUGUGUUUGGAAAGAUGGGAAUAUAAAAUUCUGAAGAAAUCAUAUUAAAAAAAAAAGAGUUUCUGAGUGAGAUGAGGACUAUUAAUGUCUACAGCCUCAUGUUUUUCUUUAUUCUGGGCUUGAAGGACGUUUCCCAGCUCUGGAUAAAAUCUCACUAUAAUAGGGAAGUUAAGCACCCAUCAGAGACUAUAGACUAGUUAUUUUCACUUCAUGUAUCUUGAAAAUCCAGUGUGUUUUUCUACUCUAUGAUGUGCUGGAUGGACUUACUGUCUUAACAGGAUACAAAUUUAGUCACAUUAUUUGAUAGAAUAUCAGCCAAUUUGCAUUUCCUCAUUCAUCAUCAUACAUUUUAAUGGAUAGCAUACAAUAAAGGCAAUCAAAUAUGUACCUCUGUCUUUUAUUGAAUAAAUUGUUAUACUUUU